AUGUAUAUGGCCAAAUCAGCGUUCGUGCAUCCACAUAACAAGCUUCAUAUUAAAGUAUCCUGGACAGAUCAACCGGAGCAAAAGAUAGUGAUCAAGGUGCAAUUGACCUCUGAGAACUGCAGAACCAAGGCCUUGAAGAUUGCUGCAGAAGCCAAAGGUGUGAGCAACGUUUCCAUUGUGGUAGAGAAAGCAGAAGUGGAGGUGAUUGGAGUUGGAGUUGAUGCCGUUUCCUUGGCCAAGUCAUUGGAGAAGCAGCUUGGCUUUGCUUCCAUUGUAAGUGUUGGAGAAGUGAAAGAACCAGAGGAGCCAGAGCUAGUCAUUCCAAUUCAAUGGACAUUAAGCUAUAUUCACUGUCACACUAUGAUGGAUUCUGCCGAUGUUAAAUUAAGCACUUUUAAUUAA